AUGGGGCUGCGCUGCUGUGGUAUCUAUGAGCCGCCGGGGCCCGGCUGGCCGCAGCUCGUCUCGCUCUUCCUGCCGGAGUUCCCCGUGCGCCCCUCCGGCCGCCAGCAGCAGCUCAAGAUCCUGGGAUUUGUGGCCAAAGGCUCCUUCGGGACCAUCCUCAAGGUGCUGGACUGUGGACGGGAGAAGGUCUGCGCUGUGAAGGUUGUGCCCAAAGUGGAGGUGCUGCGCCGAGACACCCUCAAGCAGUGCAAAGAGGAAGUGAGCAUCCAGCGUCAGGUCAGACACCCGUUUGUUCACUGCCUCGGGGACAGCUGGCAGGGCCAGCGCCACCUCUUCAUUAUGUGCUCCUACUGCAGCACGGGGGACCUGCACGCGCGCUGGCUGGCUGCCGGGCGCUUUGCCGAGGCCACCGUCCGCCUCUUCGCCGCCGAGCUGGUGCUGGUGCUGGUUUAUCUCCACGACUUGGGCAUCGUGCACCGAGAUGUGAAGAUGGAGAACAUCCUCCUGGAUGAGCGAGGGCACCUCAAGCUCGCCGACUUCGGGCUCUCGCGGCACCUGCAGCGGGGCGAGCGGGCGCGCACCAUCUGCGGCACCCUGCACUACAUGGCCCCCGAGGUGCUGAGCGGGGGUCCCUACGGCCACGCUGCCGACUGGUGGUCCCUGGGAGUCCUGCUCUUCGCCCUGGCCAGCGGCAAGUUCCCGGUGGUGCCGGCGCCUGACCAUGUGGCCAUGCUGGAGCGUGUCAACGACAGCAGCUACGAGAGCCCGGGCACCCUCAGCCCGGCACUGGCCCGGCUGCUCGCAGAGCUGCUGUGCCGGAACCCGCUGCGGCGCCUGCGCUACCUGCACCACUUCCAGGGCCACCCCUUCUUCCGUGGGGUGGCCUUCGACGCCGAGCUGCUGCAGAAGGACCCCGUGGACGUGGCCGUGGCCCCGCGGCCGGACGAGGAGCCCCUGCCCGAGGCCGCUGUCGCCUUCGAGGACUUCGAGUGCGACCUCGCUGCCGCUCCAGAUCGGCCCUGGCCCGGCUGAGCCCGGUGCUCGGGCCCCCUUCGGCAUCACUCAGGGAGAACCCCCCGUCCAGCACCGGUCCGGCCCCGCCGCGCCGGUGUCCCCUUCCCUCCACCGCGGUACCUCUGCGCGUGCUCGGCGGGAGCAAUAAACCAGA